GCACAAAAAACCGACUCGUGGUGGUGGGCAUAAAUUUACAAACCCAAGGCGUCUUGCUAUAGCAAAAGACGCUGAGGAAGAUGAUAUGUGGGAUGUGAGGCAAAAUGAUAUAGAAAGUUCUGACGAGGAAGAGGAAGAGGAAAAGGAAGUUGUUAGAAAGCCAAAAGAAGCCAAAGAAUCGAAAGAAAUAAAAUCAAAAAAUUCUGGAUCUAGCAAUGACGACGAAGACGACAGUGAUAAUUCAAUAUCGGAAAUUAUUGGAUCAGAGAACCCGAAUAGAGCUAAGAAAGAUAACCUAAGGGCAUCUGAGAUAUCAAACGCACCAAGGGAGAUGACUCGGCGGGAAAGAGAAGCUGCUGAAAAAGAGGCAGCCAGGCAGCGAUAUUGGAAACUUCAUUUAGAAGGUAAAACAGAGCAGGCGAAAUCUGACUUAGCACGUCUAGCUAUUAUAAAGAAACAACGAGAAGAAGCGGCUAUACAAAGAAAAGCCGAGGCAGAAGCUAAAGCUGAAGCACUAAAAGCAAAAUUAGAAAAAGAAGGAC